CUGUCUCAAAAAAAUAAACCAAAAAACAUUGAUAGAGGUAUGUCAGAGGAGCACAGAAACCAACUGAAAGAGUGCCCAGUGGCCAAAGCUGGAACAAUUUGAAUAAGCAAUUAAAGUAGUGUUGAAUUAAAAUACAAAAUGUAAAAUAAAUAUCCAUGCAGCCAUACCGAUAAAUAAAUUACUAAAUGUGCAGAAGAGACAUCUUCCAUGCAGAAGAAUUGCACAUAAUUUAUAUAGAUACUCCACCUUCAAGGACUUCCUUCCAAAGAGUAUAUAGUACAGGAAUGUGGGGUGGAGAGGAGAGCAACUUUAUGGUGGAAAAACCUGGCACACACUACUCAGCCAGGUGAAAAGCCCAGCGUCAAUGGCAUUAAAUCAUGUUGAUAGACAGUAGGUGUGCUUGAUGUGAUGUGAUUAGAAUGGCACUUUACCCAUGUGGUCUUCUUCCAAAUAACCCAUAACCCCAGUCUUAAAAAGAGAAGAACAUCAGACAAAUACCAAUUAUGGCACAUUUUAUAAAAUAUCUGACCAGUAACCCUCAAAACUGUCAUGGUCAUCAAAAGCAAAUUAAAUCCAGGAACUGUCACAGCCAGGUGGAGCCUAAAACGGCGUGAUGACUAAAUGUAAUGUGGAGUCCUGGAUCACACCCUGGAACAGAAAAAGUAGAUUACAUAAAAGCUAAGGAAACAUAAAUAAACCAUGGAUGUCAGUUCAUAAUCUUUCAUCAAUAGUGGUUUAUUAAUUGUUACUUAUAUAUCAUACUAAACGUGAGAAGUUAAUAAUAGGCAAGAUUGGGUGUAAAAUAUAUGUAGAAAAUCUUCUCAAUUUUUCUGCAAAUCUGUAACUGUUCUGAAAAAUCAAGUCAAUUUAAAUGUUCAAAUGCCUAAACAGAAAAAAUAAAAUUCAUGGACAGAAAGCCAGGCGAGGGAUUUUAAAGGAAAAUUAUAAAGCAUUUUGUUAAGACCUUUCAAAAUUCUACACAGAUCACAUCUUAAGCAGAACACAUGUAACUGUUUAGUUGAAAAAUGGAACUAGCAGCUUAACCAAGAAUGUGACACUUCUAAAUACAUUCAAAUUGAGUCAUUAUUACUUUUCAUCUAUGGAGUAUUUUGUUUUUCCAAAAUUCUUUGAAAUUUCUGACUCCAAGAUGGCAAAGUUUUACCGUUAUUUUGAAGCUAAUGCCAUGUCUAUAGUUUGGACAGCCGUCUUGACUCAUCUGUCUAAUCUAAAUGUACAGUUCAAUCCGGAAACCAGCCAUCAGCUGUCAGAAUGGUAAAACAGUUAUAUGUAAUUUUCAAAGCCAGAGAUUCAGUCCUGUGGUGAGACUUCUGAGUUUCACUGUUGUCCACAGUUCUGCCUCUCAGAACUCAUGCCUUACUUGGUAUUCUCCCAUGGAAAGCUUUGUCGGGGAAUUAUAGGGUCAUAUUUUCAAGUCUUGGAACUUGUCUACAGUUACCUUUCUAAAAAACAAAAAAAUUCCUUUAAAAGCAUUUUUUUAAAAGGAAUUAUGCAAAGGUUGCCAAAAAGAAAGAACUUUGGGGUUUUUGCACUGAGUCAAGUUGUACACAUUGCAGAAUAUUCCCCUCAGUCCAGGGCAUCAUUUUAUUCCCACCCUCCACUUCCUAUAUCCACAAAUUCAGGUGUGUUUGGAUCUCCUGAUAGCCAAGGGAAUUAUAAAAGGAAAGGGGAAGGCACUGACUACUGGAACAAGCAAUCUAGAAAUGGCGCCCUUGGAUUUCUUGCUCUCUCCCAGCAUUCCCCCCGUCCAGGACAGAGGGGGACACAUCCGGUCACUCUCCCUGGUGCUCUUGCCAGGCCAGCACCGGAGGCCCCCAUGGCCAGGGCUCACAUGCGGCCAGGAACCCACCACCUUCCUUCAGGAAGACGAUCAGCCCUUUCAGGGGAAACCAAAAGGCUAGCGUAUUUUGAAAGCCAGCAGGGGAAAUGUCUGCCAGUUAUUUAGCCCUGGGAGUCUGAGAAUAUGAUGGUUUCAUUUUCUGAACCAAGAAUUAGGGCAUACCGUCUGACAACAUGACCGAAUAGACUGCAUGUGAACUUGAGACAGUCCCCGGAAGUUCAGGGUGAGCGGUCAUGGUCGCUGCAGGAUCCGGAAACGUAAGCCAAGACAUGGGUCGUGCUGGUUUGAUGGUGGCACCCUCCACAGAGGUGCAUGGGGACAUCGGGGGUGCAGCGCCAUCGAGGGCCCUUCCUCAGCAGUCCAGAGGGUAGCCACAGCAGGAGUUGACCUGAUGACAGGAGAGCCCCAGGCUGCUGAACCCCAAGUCCCCGAUGAACACCCCCUGGUGCUCAAAACUCUCCAUCUCUCCCUUUCCCCCUCUUUCCUUGUGGAGUCCGAAGUGCCCAGAGCCCAGACAUUACUCCCCCUGGCUCAUCUCCUCUUUACCUGUGUCCCAGGAACACCCAAAACAAGUGCAGGGACCCCUGCAGGGACACAGCCAUUUCUGUAAGCACAGGGUUUACCCCUGUGUGAAGCAAGCAGCAAGAGAUCUUAUCACAUGCCUCUGACCGGUUAGAGAGGAGAGGCGAGUCAAAGAAGGUGCAGUGAGGAAGUAUAAUGUCACAUGCAACAUUUACAGGAAGCUGGCCAGAAGACAGCAGGGGAACUUGAGCACUGGGUCGUUUUCUGCCGAUUAAGACAACACAGAUACUUCUUUCUCAGAGUUAACGUGGUGUAUGUUGCAAAUAUAAAUCUGAACCUUCCAGAUGGGCCAAGAAAAAAUCAUGAAUAUUUUCAGAUCAUUCUCUACGUAACUCAAGCAAAGGAGGAAGGAACAAACAACAAAUUAAUCAGACAGGAAGCGAAUACCCACAGAAGGACGUCUGCCUCUGACUCAGUAUGUCACAGUUAACAAGAGGCCAGAGCUUGUCCAAAAUGGCUGUCCGAAAACGACCCCACGUUUGCGUUAGAAGAUGAUGCCUUUCUCAGGGACAGUGUUCUCUCCUGGCUCUUGUCUCGCUUGCUCUCUGUUGGCCUGUGUCCCCGAUCAUGGCUUCCUACAAUACCCUUUAACGAUUUAUCAGCAAGACUGUUGAAAGCGUAACAGUCCAAGAUGCCCGUCCCUCCCCCUCCGGCACCCCCACCGCCCCCUACACUGGCAUUGGCCAAUACAGAGAAGCCCACCUUGAAUAAGACAGAGCAGGCUGGGAGAAAUGCCCUCCUCUCCGAUAUCAGCAAAGGGAAGAAACUGAAGAAGACAGUCACCAAUGACAGAAGUGCACCGAUAUUGGACAAACCUAAAGGAGCCAGUGCUGGUGGUGGCGGCGGUGGCUUUGGUGGAGGAGGUGGCUUUGGCGGAGGAGGUGGCAGCUCUGGCGGCGGUGGUGGUGGAAGUUUUGGAGGAGGUGGACCUCCAGGUUUGGGAGGACUGUUCCAGGCUGGAAUGCCAAAGCUGAGAUCCACGGCCAACAGGGAUAAUGACUCGGGAGGAAGCCGACCACCAGUUCUGCCACCGGGAGGAAGAGCCAUGUCCGCCAAACCCUUCUCGCCCCCUGGCGGCCCGGGGCGGUUUCCCGUGCCUUCUGCGGGCCACAGGAGCGGCCCCCCGGAGCCGCAGCGGAGCCGAAUGCCUCCCCCGAGGCCCGACGCGGGCUCCAAGCCCGACGGCAUCCCCCCGCCAGUGCCUAACACGCCGAGGCCCGGCCAAUCAAGCCUGCACAACCGGGGGUCCCCCGCAGUGCCCGGCGUCCCCAGGCAGCCCAGCCCUGGGCCUGCUCCUCCGCCGUUCCCCGGAAGCCGAGGCGCAGCUUUCGGAGGGGGCUCCAUCCGCCAGGCUGCCUCGGGCUCCUCCUCGCCCUUCUCCAACAGGCCCCCGCUGCCCCCGACCCCGAGCAGGGCCGUGGAUGACAAGCCGCCGCCGCCGCCGCCCCCGAUGGGCAACAGGCCCUCCGUGCACAGGGACGCGGUGCCGCCUCCCCCGCCCCAGAACAGCAAGCCCCCGGUGCCUUCCGCCCCGCGGCCUUCCUCCUCGCAGGCCCCGCCGCCCCCGCCGCCGCCCUGCAGGCCUGGCCCUCUCCCCGCGCCUCCGGGGUCCGGCGGCAACGACGAAAUCCCAAGGCUGCCGCAGCGGAAUGUGUCCCUCACCUCGUCCGCACCGCCCUUGCCUUCCCCGGGACGGUCGGGUCCGCUCCCUCCGCCGCCCAACGAGAGACCCCCUCCUCCCGUGAGGGACCCGCCUGGCAGAUCAGGCCCCCUCCCACCGCCUCCUCCAAUAAGCAGAAAUGGCAGCACGUCGAGGGCGCUGCCCGCCACCCCGCAGCUGCCGUCCAGGAGUGGAGUGGACAGUCCCAGGAGCGGGCCCAGGCCCCCCCUCCCUCCCGACAGGCCUGGUGCUGGGGCCCCUCCCCCGCCCCCACCGGCAACAUCAAUUAGAAAUGGCUUCCAAGACUCUCCCUGUGAAGAUGAGUGGGAAAACAGAUUCUACUUCCAUCCGAUUUCUGAUUUGCCACCUCCAGAGCCAUAUGUACCAACGGCCAAAAGUUAUCCCAGUAAAUUGGCAAGAAAUGAAAGCCGCAGUGGAUCCAACCGAAGAGAAAGGGGUGCACCACCACUUCCUCCCAUUCCGAGGUGAUCUCUGCCUGCUCCUCUCUGCGCAAGCUGCAGAGCUGCUCCUGCCGUUGCUAUCGAGAAUUGCACACCCUCCGCCCCCUUUCUCCCUUGUCCCCUUCAUAUUGGCAGGAGGGAGGAGUGGGGGUGAGUGGGGAUAUGCAUGUACAGGGGUGGGAAUCCAGUAGAGAAAUGCACCUAGCUUUUUAUAUUGUGUAUAUUCCGAGAGCAAUUGCUUGCUUCAGCUACAGCCUGCCUGUGCUGGCUGCUGGGGGGUUGAUAGGCUUUUGUGGCAAGUAGGCAGAGAUGAAUUGUAUCCCAGCUUUCGAUCAACCAAAUUGGAACAUUCACUGCUUAUUUGCUACAGACUGCAAUUAUUAAAAUCCCUGAGAGUUGUCUUCUUCCAUGCCUUUUUCCGCAUGCUUGGCCUCCUGUCUGUUUCCAUAAACCACAGACCACCUAAGCACGUUGCUGAAUAAAGGCUCACAUGAAAACUUGUGCAGUUACAGGAUGUCCAAGCUUUGGCAGUCAGAGGUACCUAUGCUCUAGGACAGAGCUGUCCAGGAGAAAUAUAAUGUGAGCCCAUAUACAACUUUAAAAUUUCUGGUAGCCAUGCUUUUUAUAAAAAGGUGCAAAGAAAUAGGUGAAAUUAGUUGUAUUUUAUUUAACCCUAUGCAUCUAAGACAUUAUCAUUUCAACCUGUAAUCAAUAUAAAAAAUAUUAAUGAGAUAUUUUACAUUCUUUUUUUGGUACUAAAUCUUCAAAAUCCAAUGUGCAUUUUACACUUACAGCACAUCUCCAUGAAAAUGUGACUAGUCAUGUUUUAUAUGCUCAGUAGCCACAUGUAGCUGGUGGUUACCAUAUUGGACAGCACAAAGGUUUGAUGCAAACACCUCUUAUUUUUGCAUUAAACAAAAAAGGCAUGUUGAGCUUGAGCAAUUCAAGCAGAGACUAAAAAUAAAGUUAGGACCCAACACCUUGUUUGACAGGCAGCUUGACCUUAAAUUUUGCUCCCAUAUUUUCCCUCUUCCCUUAAUGUCUGUGUACAAGUGUUGCUUCACAGUCCCAAGGUCACAAAUCGAUCUAGAACAGUUUACAGUCAUGUGGAAUAAAGCCAUUGGAAGGAAACUGAAAGCCUGUUGGGGCUUCCCGGCUCAGAACCACUUGGUUCGUGCGCUGACUUGUCAGUUGGACUCCAGCCUUCACUUCUCUCCAGCUCAGCAAGCCCCUGGGCUGGGAGAGGAUAGCAAGGCUUUGCAGGAGGGGGAGAAAGUCAGAGAAAGGUAUCAAAUCAGAAACAUGGAAGAAGGGAACAGACUUGAGUUGAUGGGCAAUCCUCUAAAACUCUAAAUCCGAUGUUUACAGGGUUGAGUGUUGAAUUAGGGUGAUUGCUAGUGGGCAUUGGAGGGAAUUUGUUUUGAGGCUAUCUAGGAGAAUCAUGUGUCUUGGAUCUAUGCAAAUAAAGUUCUGCUAAAGGACCAUAGGGAAGAGCCAGCCUUGCCUUUUUUUAUAUGAUUUUGUUUACAAAAUUUUACUGGGACUUUUAAAUCUAGCUGUAGAGUUGGGAAAAAAUAUUUCCACUUAGAUGUUUUAUGCGGUUGAUUAUGUUUAAAAUUACCAUUACUUAAUUUUUAAAAGCACAUGACCAUAUAUAUAUGUAUAUCUACCUAAACUUUGUAUCAUGGUUUCAGUGUAUUAUUCGUGUAUUACUGGGAGAUGCUAACAAGAAAUCAAUCCAAAGAAAAAUUUGAAAGAUGCAUUCCUAUUUAUAGAAUAAAUAAUUGUUUCAUUUAUAUAAAAGCAAACAAACUCAGAGUUCUAAUAAAUGGGAUGUCUAAUAAAUUAUGAAGUUACUGAUUUGAAUAUAUUGUAUUUUUAUAACUUUCCUUACCAAAGUCCUGGGCUCAGUACAUUAGAAAACUUGUUGUUUCCCCUCUCCUUUGCCAUUCAUCUACCUUCCAUACAGUCAUUUGGGGCUCUUCACCCCAAGAAAAUCAAGAAAUAUAAAGGUGUAACAAGCUUGGCAAAAUAUUUUGAAAAUUUUUUUUUAAAUCUCUAGCAUUUUGAUAAUUUAGCAGCAUCAUUUUAUUUUUGAUUCUUUGAUCUGACAUCAACAGUAAUAAAAAAUCUCUAUGAUCAAGCCUAAUGACCCACUUCACAAAAGAUGCAGUUUGGCCUUACUAGCAAAUAUGGUGGAGAAAAGUCCGACCCAAAGAAAGCUCUGAAUUUUAUAAGGGGUAGUAAGAAGUGGACAACUUCCUUCUGUAUCUCCACUUUGCAGGUACCAUUCUAAAGUUUGAAACAGGGUCACAGGUUAAAGUUGCCAUUUAUCCAGAAUAGAGAUGUUUUAGAAUGUAUCUUUUAAGUGAAUAUUUCAUUAAUACACCUACACUCUUUCUCUCAAAGUUAGAAACCUAAUUACAUCUUAAACUUUGAAUAAGUUCUAUGCUAAAAUCUUCAACUAUAGCAAAUCACAGAAAUGAGUGUUUUCUUCCUUGAAAUCAGAGCUUAUGUGUGUGUUCUUUUCCAUAAAAUUUCCAGAUAAAUAUAUUCAAGAUGCAAUACAGUAUUUUAACAUUCACAUAUCAUUUUAUAUUGAAAUGUAUUACAGUAUUAAAAUUCAGUGUUCAGUAUUUAUUUCACUAUGCAUUUUAUUUAGUAAAAGCUAAGAAAAAUGUUUAAUCCAAUGGUGCCUUUGUGAUUUGAAAGAAAUCAACUUUUUAUGUCUAAGUAGCAGAUUAUUUGCAUAUUUGUAAAAACUGUUAGGUCUUUAUAUUUUAACUUGUAAUACCAAUUUUGUUAUUUUAGUAGCAGAAAUGGAGUGAUUGUUAAAGUGCCCAGAAAAUUUUUGGCAUGAAAUUAAUUUUUCCUUCUUUAUAGUCAGGGACUAUAGAGGAAGAAAAAAAAUGUUUUCAUACCAUUGCACUAUGUAAACAGACACAUUUUGGUAUGUAUGUCAUCAGGACAGUGUAAAUGGUAGGGUAGAGUCUACCCUAGACAUCUGCGUCUUUGUAAGUUAGCCAGAAAAUAAAUAAAAGCAGAAUGAUACCGUGUCAA